CGGGCCCGGGGUGCCGGGAAUCUUUGGAGGAUGAAGGCUCCAGGCGUCCUGGGGGGCGUGUGCGUUUUACCCCAACCCCCCAAAAAAGUUGCGUGAAAACCCCCAGUUGCAGACCGGGUGUUGCGGGCGCCGGCACUGGCUGCAAGACUCACAGGCGGGCGCCUGUUCAUCACCCGCGCCCCAAGGCUUCCAGCCAGACCUCAGCGUUUCCAGGCCGCCUGGCAUUGUUCCCUCAGCAGCGCCAUACUGCUUCGCCCUGUGCUUGCAGCCCUUCGGGGACGUUCGGCCGGGUAGUCCGACUGUGCCCGCGGGAUUUUCGUUGAGAUCUUCAGGUCAGUUCAGUCACCCGCAGUGUUUGAUAGAGUUGCACCUAGUUUGGGAGCCUCAGCUCCCACGAUCACCAUUACCCCGGCAACUGGGUAAUAGUGUACUAAUCUUCACUGUAUCCAUCUUGAACGUAGCAAAUGAUGUGCUGAAAGGCACAGGUAGAUUGGAGAAAACUAAUUUCAUCAGAAAGGAGAUCAAAGUCAUUCAGGCAUCGCGAAGAUUAGAAAAACGAGAGACCUAAAAAAAUUCUCUAUAGUGAUAUGGAAGAGUAAAACAUCAGACCUUCUCACACACUGUUGAAAUUUAACUACAACAGACACCCAACACUUCAAGUAAGACAGCACAGCUAGAAGAGCAAUUAAUUGCAGAAGCUGUAGCUACUCCAAGUCAAUUCUGGAGAUCGCCUUGCAUUGAAGUUAGUCCAAAGUGAAUUGCAUGUUAAUUGUUUGGAUUUAACCAUGCAGAAUCUUGAGGAUGAAACUGAUACUUUAGAACAUCAGUUAAAUCAGCCACAAAAAUGGAAUGUAGACAUUCAGCAAGAUCUUAACCAUAAAGAACAUAGUAAACAAAAUGAAGAACUUUGUGAAGCCAGGAAUGACUUAAGUUACUCUCUUAAUCAAAAUACUAAUAAUAAUCAUUUUGAGGAUGACAUACUUAAAGAAAGGGAAGCUGAAGAUAGAAACUUAAAGCAAAUAAUUUCAAAACUGGAACAACUAAGUAACAGUUCACAAGCUGUUUUGGCUUUCAAAAUGAAAUACGAAAAGUUGGUUUCGGCAUAUGAAGAUGUGAGACUUAUGUUGGAAAAGGAGAUUGUUUGGAACCAUCAGGAUUCUUUGGGGAAAAGUACCAUUGUGGGACUUUUCCAGAUGAAAAAAGCACAAUGGGAGACCAAUCUGCGAGAAGCUGAAAAGGGGCUGUCAGAAGUUGUGAAAAUAAGUGAGCAAACCAUUCAAGAAUUGUCAUGUAACUGUAACUUGGAUAGCUUUCCCUUAUGGCAGGAGCAGGAAGGUUUAAUUAGAAUCAUUCGAGAAAAAGACUUGGAAAUAGCAGAACUCAAAAAGAAUAUGGAGAGGAUAGAAGCCAAUCAGAAAACAACUAAGGCCAUUUUGUCAUCUCACUUAGAAGAGUGGCAGCAACUGGUACCACUUAUUAAAGACAUCAGUACAUCACUGAAAGACAAAGAGACUCUGAAAGAAGAACUGGAGCAACGGGAGGGACAGAGUCCAGUUGCACCUGUGGUUGAACCCAAAAUACCAGACACGAUGACAGAACUCCAAUCUGAGAUACAUCAACUGAACAUAAGCAAGGACAAUAAUCUUGAAGAAGACAUCAAUCCUCAUCCAAAGAUAACUGAGGACCAAAGCCAGAAAAUUAUGCAACUACUUCCACCUUUACGAGAGCAGGAGGAGGAAAUGGAUGAUCUCACAUACCAAUGUGAGCAAAUGAAUAUGGCAAAUAUUCAGUUCAUUUUAGCCAGUAAUAAGGAAAUUAAGAAUUUGAGGAAAACUCCAGAACAAGUAAAAACAUAUUCUCCUAAAGAAAACCAGGACAUUCAAACAGAAAAUUCUGUUAAUCUGGAAAAUGGAAGUGAAGACGAUUUCUCGCAAACCAAACCUGAAAGAUUAAUCAAAAAGCUUGAGAUAGAAGAGCUCACUGGCCAGACUACCGCCGACAUGGAUCAACUAUCCAAAGACGAGAUUGAUAGACCAACUGAAAUGAUUGAGCAGAAAUACUUGGAAACUCAAGAUCUUUACAGUAAAAUAUCUUCCAUUUCCCAUAGGCAGGAUGUUGGGGAUCUGCAGCAGCAACAAGCUUAUGGUUUGGUAAGGGAACAACAAGUACUGGCUGAGAAGACUCGGGAAAAUAACAAUCUCCAAGGAGAUUAUCACAAAAUGAUGGCUAUCAGUAUUGCAAAAGAAGCAGACAACUUAAGAAUUCCAGAUGAAGAUAAUAAACUGUCCCCUGGACUUGAAAGUCAUUUUCAAGACCUAGAUGAGGAAGCUGUGAGCAACCUAUUAGACAUAGACGAAGAAAAGGACAUGGAGAUCGAUGCAUUAAGUCAGAAAUGUCAAGCAUCACUGACACUUUUUCAAAUAUCCAGCACUGGGAAUAAGGUUGUUGGUGUCGAUUCUAAUCAGUUGGAGGCACUUCUACAGGAACAUCAUCAAUUAAAGCAGCAAGUUAGGAUACUGAAAGAGUGGAAACAGCAAGUAAUGAUUCUGGUGAAAAAUAUGCACAGCGACUCAGCUCACCGUGAAGAAAAACUGCUGCAGCUUCAGAUGCAAAUCUUGGCUUAUAGAGACAAUAAUUCUAAACUACUGAUGAACUAUGUUGACCUGUUACAAUAUUGUAAAGGGGAUGAAAUGAAAUUUAAGAGUAUGGAGCAGGAGUUAACACAAAUCCAACUGGCUAUAGGGCAGCUUUGCAAUGUCAAGGAUCUUUUGUUAGUUAAAAUUGACCUCCUUAUGACACAGCCCUUGACUGAAUCUCCACUUAUAGAAGAGUCUGAGGACUGUCUUAUGGCCAGUCCCGCUGCUGCCUUGAAUAAGUCUUCUAAAUUGCUUCAAGAGGAAGUGGAAGACUUAAGAAAAUUAAUGCAGGAAAAAGAUGCAACCAUUCGAAUGCUCCAGGUAGAGCACCAGAAAUUGUCUGACUCCAUCGCUGCCGCCUCAGAACUGGAGAGAAAACAACAUGAGCAAACCAAUUCAGAAAUGAAGCAGCUGAAGGAGAAACAAGAUGUUUUACAAAACUUACUUCAGGAAAAAGAGCUCCUCAUUAAAGCCAAAAGUAAUGAGUUACUUUCUGUUAGAGAAAAUUUGAUUAGCCAAGUGGAUGAAAAUGAAAUUUUAAGGCAGGCAGUUAUAAACCUGAAGGAGAGGGUAUUACAUUUUGAAAUAGAGUCAUGUAAACUAAAACAGGAAAAUGAAAAAAUAAUAGAAACAUCUCAGGAAAAGGCGGGAGAAAUGCAAGCACUUCAAGAAACAAAUGUGAAACUUUCGCAGCUCCUGAAAGAGCAAGAAUUGAAGUACCUUCCAGUGAAGAAGGUUUUGGAGCAACUAUCGAACGAAGAAGAACAGGGGAAGACUAGGAAACUAAAUCAGCUUUUAAACACAAUCACUUUGAUGCAAGAAAAGACGGUUUUAUUUCAACAGGAAAGAAAUGAGCUGACAGUAGCUCUGAAAAACAAACAAAUGGACAUUGAGGCUCUACAGAAUGAGAUUCGGUAUCUAUGCAACAAAGAAUUGCACUUAAAGCAGGAGCUAGAGAAUACUCAGAAGCAAGUUGUGGAAUUGCAAAACUCUCUCUUCUGUAAAGCUCGGGAUGCAGAUGACAAAGAGCUUAACUUAAGAAUGAAGAUCAUGGAACUGAAGGGAAAGCUAAGUUCAUCUUGCACUGCCACAGAAAGUGCAAGCCAUCAAGCCAAGAUACUGCAGGACCAACUGAAUAUCGUCAACAAGCAGAAAGAUGAAACUGCCGCCCAGCUCAGCGCCUGGCAGGAACAAGAAAAUCGGGCCUUAGCUGACACAAAGGUGGCCCUCGCUGAAUCAAUGGAAAAGACAGUCCAUCUAGAAGAAAAAGCAGCAUCAUUACAGGGGCAACUAGAUCGAGCUAAUGCUGCUGUGGAGCUGACGGUAGGACAAAUUGAAGACCUUAAAAAACAAAAUGACGUCCUACAGGAAAUGUUGGAUGCUGUACAAAAAAAAUGGAUGGAUUUGGUAACCAUAUCCGAAAGGAAUAUAGACAAGAGCCUAAUGAGAAAGCUCUUUUUGGAUUAUUUCCAAACACAGAAAGAUGAGCGGCAGCAAGUAUUACAAUUAAUCGGAAGCACUCUGGAUAUCAAAAAGGAAGAAAUGGAGUCGUUGAUGAGAGAAGAUCCAGUUGGCAUUAAAAGAUGGAUGACUGAGCAGCCUGGGUCACAAAAUGACCCCAACCCCCCUCGCAAACCAAAUGAGUCAUCUACGCAGAAGAAUUCUUUUUCAGAACUUUUUGUUCACUUUCUAAAAGCAGAAACGUCUGAGCCUUUGGCAGCACCGAAAAGACCUGCUCAUGGUGACAAGACUCCCCAGGCAGCAGGAAAGAAAACAGUGAAAAAGGGGCCACCAAGUCUAAAAACUGCCGUGGGUUCCACACCCAAGGAAACAGAUGGUUUAGCAAUCGUAUCCCUUGUUAGCCCACCAGGGCAUGAAGCUGGUGGGUCUGGAAAUCUUUUACAUAAUGUUGCUAAUGCCUUCCCCAUCUACACACAUUUGUUGGUGUCACCUAGCAAGAAUACCCCAGCUGCCCUGAAAGACUUUGCAAAGCAGUAGAAGAUUCUCCAGUUAGAAGAGAGAGCCUUUUAAAGAAACCAAGUCUCAAUAUGCAUGUAAAAAUAAGUUUUUGGAAAAUGUUACACAUAUUUGCAGUUUUACUUUGUUUUAUAACAAUAUUCCCAAAGCUUAAGAAAAGUUUUUAUGAGCCACAAAUAUUUUCACUCAAUUUAAAGCAAAUUGAGGGUGGUUACUUCUGACCAGCGUAGGCAUUGGUGGGAUGGGAGCUGUGGUCAAAAGAUACUGCAAAUAUUGUUUGUGCUGCUGUAAUUUUUUACAAAGAGCAGAUAUUUGUGCAUACCUUGGGUAAUGAGAACAACAACUUGUGUUAAUAUUCAAAAAUUAUAAAAUAUACAAGCUCCCCCCCACUUUUGUGUAAGAAAUGAGAGGAACUGCAUAAAAGUACAGGGUGCAUGUCAUUUUAGA